AUGGCGGCAUCCACGUCCCGUCCUCUCGAGUACCUGGAGGGCUUGCCUGGGACCACUUUCUACAAGCUAUACCAGCAGCCCUCCACUGCUCUCGCCAUAUUCCGUCGCAUGCUGCCUGACCUGGCAAAAUGUUUCGUCAUGGCGCUGCUAUAUUUGAAGGAUCCCCUUCCCACGGCAGACCUGGAGCUCUGGGUGAGAUCUGAGAGCAAAAAACAACGAGAUAACGCCAUCUCUAUUCUGGCAAGACUCCAUAUCCUUUCGAAAACACGGACAGGAGACAACGUUUUGGCAUACAUGGUCACCAACCCAUUCGCAUCCUCCCUCCGUCAAGCUCUUGUGGGCUCCGAAGAUUCGCAAUCAUUCGGUGUCUUCUCUCAAAUAUCGGGCGAGAGCCAGGUAUCCAUCGCCGAUCUCGACGACUACGCACGGCAACAAUGGGAGGGGGUGAUGGGUUACAUGGUUGGAACAAGUGCUUUCAGUGGUCAACGCGAGCUGAACCUCAGCAAGGGCGUGAAGCAACUCCUCCAAGCGGGCCAUUUGGUUGAGAUCCGCGGCAGUCGUGUUGACAUCACCAAGGAUGGAUUCGGGUUUGUGCUACAAGACGUCAACACUCAAGUCUGGCAUAUCCUCAUCCUUUAUGUGGAAAGCGCCGAGGCGAUCGGCAUGGACAGCGUCGAAGUUCUCUCGUUCCUGUUCCUGCUUAGCAGUCUGGAAUUAGGACAAUCAUACGAGAAGAAACAUUUGACCUCCAACCAACUCCGCACUCUCGCCGACCUUGCAGAUUUCGGAAUCGUCUAUCAAGAUACACCCGAGGCUACUCGGUUCUACCCAACACGCCUAGCAACCACUCUUACUUCCGACUCGAGUGCGUUAAAUAACCCCAUUACCGGCUCCCUCACUGGACCAGCUGGCGAUUCGGGUGGCUCAGGAUCGGGCUUCAUCAUCGUGGAAACAAACUACCGUCUCUACGCGUAUACGUCAUCCCCUCUGCAGAUUUCCCUCAUCUCGCUCUUCACUAAUCUGAAGUACCGCUUCCCCAACCUCGUCACGGGAAAAAUCACCAGACAGUCUGUGCGCCGAGCUAUCGAGAUUGGAAUCACCGCCGAGCAAAUUAUCUCGUACCUACACUCGCACGCUCAUCCCCAGCUGCGCAAGCACAAUGCCGGUCAUGCGACAUCGAACACAGGGGGUAUCCCGCCUUCGAUCCGACUCUGGCAGCUAGAGCGAGAUCGUCUCAGAGCCACGGCAGGCUUUCUCUUCAAAGACUUCACUAGCUUGGCAGAGUACCAGUCUCCAUGCCAGUAUGCAGCAGAGAUCGGUGUCCUUGUUUGGAAAUCGGACAAGAAGCGCAUGUUCUUUGUCACGCGGCACGAGCAAGUUGCUGCUUUCUUGAGGAGCAGGAAUCAACAGUGA